CUGUGAUUUUAGAAAUACUAUUAGAAACAUUUGUUAUAAUACAGGAGAAUGAGAGACUCGAGAUUAAUCUCAUUACAUGUUACUCUGCUGCAAUGCUGUUUUGCAUUAAUAUCUGGAGCUCCACUAGAAUUGCCUUAGGAGUGCACGAGCUCUAAAGUGGACAUGAAUGCAGCACUAAUUCAUGACAAAUUAUUUAUCAAAGGAUUAUGGGAGAAAAGGAUCACAAAUCACUCCCAGAUGACAGAGAAUGAGGAAUUAAGAAUGAAGAACAGUGCUCUGUCAAAGCUCCGUGAUGAAUGGCUAAUAAGACUUGAGAAUCGAACAAAACAUAUCAAGAACUUCAAUGACAGACAUGCCAUUAUGCCAACAGAAGACCAGCACACUGAUCAGGAAUAAUUUAAGACGAGCUUCCCCAUACACAUCAUUUGGAAUGUUUUGCUAUGGAGAAGAUCAAAUAAUACAAAAUAAAAAGAAAUAUAUUAACACAUGAAAUGUUAAGUUUAUAUUCAUUUAAUAUUUAUUGAUGUCUGUAUACAUAAGUAAUUGUCUAUUCAUUUAUUUUUAUUCAUGCAUUCUAUUUCACAUUGUUUAUUCAUUUCUUUACUUUUUGUGCAAACAAGGGUCUGUUAAUCAAA